CCGCGCAGGCAGCUACACUGGUGGCUGCAAUUGCGCGCGCAUAUCAUACGAUACGGUCCCUGCGUGUUGUGUCUACAUCUCUCUGCUGUUGUUUUGUUACACGUCACGAAACUGUGUGAAAGCUACCCCGACAAUGGCCAAAGACGACAAGGUAAUCGUGGAAGAGGUGGAUGGAGUGGAGCGCAUCCGCAAAGAAGCACGCCCCGACUUCUCGGUGCCCCCGCCACGCAAGCAGCUACCCGUCGACAUACAGAGUGUGCUUGAUGAUGAGGAGAAGAUGUGGGAGACCAUCUCGGACGGGCGCGCCGAGGACACAACCGACACCUCCCUCCGCUAUGCCGCCUACGCCACCCGAAUCCGCACUAUUAUGCUCUCCGCCCAGCGCUAUGUUGCGUAUACAUCAGACAUAGGCGAGUCCUUCAGACCGGUUGCACACCCCUACCUGGUCACGGGCGCAUACGCCGUGUCCUGGCUCUACUUGAGCGGUGAUGUUGCCCACGAAGGCUACAAGGCAUAUAUCCGCAACCAGAAGAUCCUGCACCCUGAGAACUAUCUUGAAUCGCCCACGGAAAGUAACGAGCAAGAAAAGGAAAACAAAGACAUGGCAGCAACGGGGCGGGCCACUGGCAUUGUUAGUCAGGUGCAACAGCUUGCGCAGAAAGCAACCAGUACCGAGGGCAUCAAGUUGGGUGGUCAAGGCAGUUUGUUGACUGGUGGUGAGGUUGUCGCAGGGAGGAUACCCGCUAUCGAGGACUACAGGGCUGUCAUGGCCCAGAGAGCUGUUUUCCAGGCUGUCGCGUCCAUGGGCCUGCCUGCAUUCACCAUACACAGCAUUGUCAGGUACUCCGGUCGUGCGAUGAAGGACGUGAAGAAUCCAGUAUUGAGAACAUGGGGACCUAUUGGCCUCGGCCUUGCCGCCGUCCCAUUCCUGCCCUACAUGUUUGAUGAGCCGGUCGAACACGCUACUGAAUGGCUGUUUUACAAUGGUUUCAAGAUGGUUGGUGGAGAGAAGGCGGUCGAAGGCCGCCCAGUGACUGGCGCGAAGGAGCUCAGGAAAGAGGAGAGCCAAGCUAACAAGCUCAAGGAGUUGUGAUGAUUUUAUACCGGUUCAUACUUAGCCAUGGGACACGAGGUCUCCUGGAUUUUCCGUUCCGAAUUGUACCUUUGAAGAUAUCUAUUUCCUCCCCUCAACGAUCCACCAUACAUAAUACAUGCCUUCUCCGACAACAUUGAUGGCCUUGGAGACAUAGAAAUUCACUCUACCAGCGAAUCACUAUAAUCCUGUUACAGAUG